AUGAAUGAGGAUGAGGACAUGUAUGGCUUCGGAUCCUUCUCGGAUUUGUUUGACACAGGACCGACAAAAAUUGCUAAGCGUCUUGAUCUAAAUGGACUAAGUCGCAUCUGUAUGUCAGAACGUAAGGUUGUGUGCUUUCAGCAACAGCAGCAACAGAAUAAGAGUUGCGUUGUGUAUGAGCACGUAGCCGCCAAAUUUAACGGUGUGAGCAUCGAUGGCGGUCUAGGCGCACUUAGUGUGGUGCCGCUUGAAGAAGGUGGUGGCUUUGUGUGGAUUCAAACGACAAUGUCAGACUCGAAUGCUCGCGGAAGGCGCAAGAAGGAGCUUCAGGACAUCACAAAUCACCAUAGGAGCGGUGGUGACCACAAAGCAGCGGAUGCCCUUUGCGUACCUAUAAAAUGUGUCAUUUCGAUGCAGACUACUACAUUGCAAAAUAGAGCAAAAGGUGUGGAAAUUGAACUUGUCGACGGCGAUUGUCUUGAGUUCACUUUCUUGCCUGGGCCAUUUGCUAAAUUGACACAUCGAGAUAAGUUCUUACAGGCACUUAAGCAACAGACACGUGAUAAGAUGGAGACACAGACGAUAAUUAGCGAUUUGUGUGAUCAACCCUGUGCUAAAAAACGAAAAAGAGAGUCAAAAGUUGAGACUGAAGGCACGCACAGGGAGAAAAUUCGUCAGCUUGUACGGAGAUAUACUGAGCUAGAUCCAAUGAGUGCAGAAGCUUUCGCGAUUGUCAAUGAGGUUCAUACAAGAACGGGCUAUUUUUUAGGACCUACGGCAAAGGAAAUGCCGAAGUUUUCUGAAAACUCAGAGUUUCGCAAGAAAUCAAUGGAGAACUUGGCAGAUUAUUUUAGACGAAUAAAGCAGGAAGGGAAGGAGGCAGACGCUCAUCGUGAAAUGCAUAUGAAGGUAAAAUACCUUAGAACGAAAAACAAUAAAUUUGAGUACACAGACAUCGACACUGGAACCCAAAUUUCUCCACAGACGUAUGAACAGCGGUAUUUUGAGUAUUUGAAGAUCCACGAGACCAUCUCAGCGAUCCACGAGCUUCCGAUCCGAGAUAAAAUAAAAUGCAGCUUGAUGGAGACAAGCUUGGUAGCGACAGAGGCAGAGAGCGCAAGGUCUGUGUUUAUGGUAACAUUAGGAAUGGACAUCAGCAAGAGUCGAGUUAUUGAUAGUGAUUUUUUUUCACUCGACAUUGACAAUGCACCGACGGGUACUCAGACGUGUAAUAGAAAUGUGGCUGCAUUUCGGGAUGCAGUAAACACGGUUCGGACGAGGGUAUGGAACUGUUGGGGUAUGGCGUUUGCCCAAGCGUCUGACAUGUGUACAAGCAGCACUCGUUCUACAAGCUCUUUGCCAGAUCAAGCGACAUUGCGUAAACGACAUCGAGGUAGAAGACAAAGUCUUAUGGUGCCCAAAUUUGACGAUCUCCAUGCCACUAUAGAGAAAAAUCUCGCCGAAAGCUCACAAGGUGAACAAUGUGCGGUGGCCUCUGCAUCAAGUGGUCCUUCCUCUCCCAAAGCUCAUACUAAGCGAGUUCAAGAUAUAACUCGCAGACAAGACUCAGUAAAAAAGACUUAUCGUGCGUCUUCAGCUCAGGAAAGGGUACAUUUGCUUCAAAAUGGGACGGAGGAGAAGACGACUGCUGCUCAACACAAGACCUCUCAGACAUCUGGCAAUUUAAUGCAAUCAAAACACCUCACUCGAAAGACCAGUCCAUUGGAGAUGGUGGAUGAUGACGACUUGAGCCUGUGCCAGCUCUGUUACAGUGAUGAAGCGCUAGUGCAGAUGAAACCUUGCGAUCACAAAGUUUGUAGCUCGUGCUGGUCACGAUUAUCUCCAUCAUCAGGAAAGAACGGAACUGGGCUGCGUCGAUUUUGUCCCUGGGAUCGCGAGGUGGUAUCAAAGCAAUCACAAUAA